AUGUAUUCUCAGCGCCAGGUGCCGCCUCCGCUGAAGCGGUCCUACUCGGGGGAUAGCCAAAGCAGUUAUGCCAGCCGUGCGACAACUGCUUCGAACGCCAGCUCGAGAUUGCUUUUUGGUGAGAUACCGUUAUCGCCCGCGACCACAGUAGAUGGACGAUUAUGCAAUCUUGUACUGUCGACCAGCUCGGUCUUUCUCCGAUUUUGGCUAAACGACAAAUGUCGCGACAAUAUGCUGGAGCAGAUGGAGCCAGAGGACCUUGCCAACUUCCGCCUCGUUUGCCAUGAUAUGUCGACACGCGCUGCGCCUUUCCUUUUCGAUUCAGUCACUACCACCUUCAAAUCAUCAACAUUCACAAAGCCCGCGCGCAUUGAAGCGCUUUCCAGGAUAGGACGCCACAUUAAGACGCUCACUUUCCAUAUGCCGCACACUCCCGAGACCUUCCUGCCGCCAGUCAUUGACCCAGAGUCUGGAGCCGAGCUGCAGUUCGUAUACGAGCCCCAGGUACAGAACCCCCAGAACGGUCCCGCGAAAGACAAGACGCCAAAGUAUGGGAGCUGGGAGAUGCAAGACCUUCUUGUCAAGCAGUACCCUCCUCUUUUCCACGCAGCGACAAACGUUCCCUCCUUUGUUACCGCCUUCUCCGAACUCAUCAAUCUCACCCACCUGAAGAUCUCGUGCCCCGGCUCGAACAACCAGAUUCGUCACCGACGGACCGUGGUCGACUACGCGCUCAUCUCCAUCCGGAUUGCAGUUGAGCGUGCGCCGUUGUACAGCCUGACUGCCCUUUCGAUGCAUCCCAUCCACGCUGGCGGCCUCCUCUACCUUCAUCCAAUGCACGGCUUCGGAAGCACCCCAUCAUCGGCCAAGCGCUGGACCCAAAUCCGAAGGCUUUCCAUCUGUAUGGAGUCCAUUCCGUUCGCUACCUCAUCCGACAAGAUGCGCGCGCAAUCAAUCGAACACUUGCGCAUCCUUCAUGCCUACCUACGAACGUUGUCACGUGGUGUCACGCGACUACACUUCCGAUGGAAGGGCGAGCGCGGCCCAUCUCCCCUUUCAUUGGAUAAGGAACCCUGCAUGCAGCCUGUCGAGGACGAGAUGACACACCCAACCAUGCGCGGCGAGGUUAAAGGCCCAAAGCCUCUCCGAUUCACCCGCCUCCGCUGCAUGGAGCUGGAGAACGCCGUCAUGGACUCGACCCAGAUCUCGAACUUCAUUGAAACGCACCGCCGCACACUUAUAGAAUUCAACUUCGAAGACGUCAAGCUCCGCGAGGGCAGCUGGGACGACGCUCUCCAGCCUCUUACCGUCAUUACUGGCAGCGACCGCUGGAAGAAGACCCAGGAAGAAGUUAUGGACGUUCCCAUCAUGCUCUCCCCCAUUGAUGCUGAGCCACGCAUCAUGGGCCCUCUCCUGGAGGAAGUCGACCAAGCCAUCGAAGAUGCGAGCAAAGACCGAGGAGGCCACACACUCUCGCGCUGGCUCAGCAAGCCGAAUCAGAAGCUGAAAAAGAGUCCUGCUAUUGGCACACCUAACAAAAAGGACAGUUUCUUCGAUGCAGACCACAUGAAGCGCUUCCUGCGCAUCUCAUCAUGGAAAUAG